AUGAAGCUCAUUUUCCCUUCUCGCCCUUGGCCCUGCCUCUUGCCCAGCCAUUUCCUGCUCGAAGAACAGGAAUUUCUAGAGCUCACUAAAGUCGAUUCGCAUCUCUUCGUGGCACUCCUCACAGAGAUAGCUCCCAUUACGACGUCUCCACCUGCCCAUAUACUCGCAUUCGUGAUUCUCUCUGAGAUUCUGGACCUCACGCAGCACGUCAACUCGAGGAGGAUCUGGGUGUUCCUGGGCGGCCACCUGUAG